ACGACUCAUACAGCGCUGUUGUUAUGAUCGUUAUAUGGAAGCUUCACACCGUGCUGUACCUUCAAGCUUACAUCAUCUUUCUUCCCCUUCUGAAGGUGUUCCUUUUUAAACGUUUCUUGCUGAGUCUGUGGCUGCGUUCUAGAGGUCACCCCCUCUGGAACCAGCUCUCUCGGGCUCUGGUGGUGGUUGAACCAUCGUUCUAGAGCGGCGGCGUAAGGGAGUCCUACUCAGUGUAGUGGGUCGGACAACCGCCCCCAAAAUGGUGUACUGCGGGAAGCCCUCGAUGGGUUGUCGCACAUGUCGAACUAGAAGAAUAAAGUCUCGCCGCCACUGCAGCGGAUACCGCUCCGACUUUGACAUUCUUCAUCGAGACGAGACACAAGCCACGGCUAGGCCAACCUCAUCAUCAUCAUCAUCAUCAUCAUCAUCACCACCACCACCACCAUCGCCGACAGAGUCCACGGCAUCAGCCGCCUCGUCCCGCCAGCUGGCCCUCGAGAAUUCCUUUCCCAUCGCCCCUCCGGCAAUCCCCCUGGACCAGCAUGCCUCGCACUACUUUGCAUCUCAUUUCAUCAUGCUCCCUAGCCAGUCUGGCCGGCGGCCUGGGCAUCUGGACUACCUGGUGCCCCUGCUCCAGUCCGAGACCGAUCCCAAUGGCCCCUUUCAGCUCGCCUAUAGCGCGUGUGGCCUUGCUGCGAUGAGCAACCGUGAGAGGGCCACCAACAGAGACCUGGUCGACAUAUCGUUUCUUCAGCACACGAGGGCCAUCAGGGCUGUGGCCGAUGCGCUUCAGGAUCCCCUACGAUGCAAGACGGACGCAACCUUGGCCUCUGUGUUACUGCUAUGUUUCUUUGAGAAAAUCACGGCAAGCAAGGAGACAGGGCUGCUGGCAUGGCGCACCCAUAUCGAAGGUGCUAUACAUAUUGUCCAUCAGCGAGGGCACGAGAUGCUCAAGGACAAGUACUCGAUGCGUUUAUUUAAUGCUGUACGCAUGAAUAUUAUUGCGCGCUCGCUCUCCUCCGGUACUGCACCGGCCAUGGGCGCAAACUGGUGGACCGAGAAUGCCGAGCUCUGCGACCCAGCCGGCGUGCGCCUCCAGCGUUUCUGUCUCGAGAUCAGCGACCUCCGCGUCGAGGUGACCAGGCUGAUGGCCACCCUCGCCCGCAACAACGACAGCCUCGAGCUCAUGCUGGAGAUGCUCCAGAGGAUCAAGCACCUCGACCACCAGAUCGCCGCCUGGGCUGCUGCCCUGCCCGCCGAUCACCAGGGCCGCCCGCUGUACUACGAGGACAGGCCUGUCGGAAAGGGCGGGCUCAAGAGCAUGCCUGUGUUUCCUGGGCGCGUGGAUGUGUACCAAGACGUCGUCAUCGCGUCCAUGUGGAACGGCAUGCGGUCCUCGCGCAUCAUCCUGUGCUCUCUUCUCGUCCGCGUCACGGCUUGGAUCUGCUCGCCUGCUGACUACCGCCUCGCUCCCGAGUACCAGACCGCCGUGCAGACCAUCAAGACUCUCACUUCCGAUCUGAUCUCGGCCGUGCCGUUCAUGCUGAGCUCUUUUGACGGAGGGGAAGGAGACGCGGCGCCGCAUCCGUCGUUGCGCGGUAUCAACCAGGGCAGUUUCCUGUGCGGUGCCGACAUGCAGUCCAAGAUGGUCGGUGGGCUCAUGGCGUCGUGGCCGCUGAGUACCGUCAGGUGUUGUGACUUUUCCACGGACGAGCAGCGUGAAUGGGUUGUAGGCCGCCUGAUGUCCAUCGCGCAGGACCUGGGCAUCAGGUAUGCCAGCUCGCUUGCAGAUGCAAAAAUACGUUUUCCCUCUAUGCUCAUCCGCCGUGACGGACAAAUGACGACCCAAGAUCCUCUCAAGGACAUCAAGAGGACACUCGCCGUCCGACCAGUCGUCGCUGGCUGA